UGGGAACUAUCACUGCAGGAUGUCAACCAUGGAUCCGCACGUGGGCAGCGUUGAAAGCCAAUUACAAGAGCAACUAAAAACUAAUGGUGUUCAGUUCCUGUAAAGUGUUUUUCCAGUGUCAAUACAGACCAUUAAAGAAGUGUGUGGAAUGAGCGACAAAGGAAGGAAUAAGCAACUGAGACAGGAGUGAAGAAACCAGCUUAUGGAGGAGGGGUGUUUGUGGAAAAGCCAGUGGAAAUACAAACAGGAAGAGGCAGCAUGCAGACUCUUGACCUGAGAGAUAUAGUAAUAUUCUUGUACCUGAUUACCACCUGUGACGUAGGCCUAUCUGUCCUCAUGGAAAUUGAGAGGGCUCAGUUCCUGCUCCUUUUUACUUUAACCAGCCCCCGCAGCCUAAUUGAGAGCUAUCCACUAAUACCUCCUGCGCAAUCCUCUUAGUUUGCAUGUACUGUUUCUAAGAUGGUCACCAGGAUUCCAGUAUCUUAUUCUGGGAAAGCUCCCCCUUGGCCCUGCCCAUCCAACGUAAACACUCACUUUCAUACAGAAGGACAUGGAACCACUAAGACGGCACCUGAGUACAACAGCACCACCAGCCAAAGGAGGAAAUCCACAUUCACACAAGGAAAUGUCAGGCCUUGCUCUGGUUGAGGAUGAACUAUCUGCAAGCCACACAGGUCCCAAGGGGGUGAUCAACGACUGGAGGAAGUUCAAACUGGAGAGCCUAGACCGGGACGCGCAGCCUUCCAGCAAGCAUGAGCUCCUCCGGCAAAUGUCUUCACCGCACAGGUCCAAAGAGAAACUCAAUCGCAAGAUGAGCAUGCAGGAGUAUGAGCUGAUCAAGGACGAGGACGAGCAGUGCCUGCGCAAGUACCGCAAGCAGUGCAUGCAGGAGAUGCAUGAGCGCCUGAGCUUCGGGCCCAGGUUCGAGCGCCUGUACGAGCUGGAGAGCGGGGAGGCCUUCCUGGACGCCAUCGAGAAAGAGCACCGUCUCACUGUGGUGGUGGUGCACAUCUACGAGGACGGCGUCAAGGGCUGCGAGACUCUCAACCGCUGUCUGACCUACCUGGCUGCCGAAUACCCCAGCGUCAAGUUCUGCAAGAUCAAGGCUUCGAGCACCGGGGCAAGUGACCGCUUCUCAGACAAUGUGCUCCCCGCUUUGCUGGUGUACAAGGCGGGAGAGCUUUUGGGCAAUUUCCUGUGUGCCACCCAACAGCUCAAUGAGGAGUUCUACGCCAUGGAUGUGGAGGCGUUCCUGAAUGAGUACGGCCUGCUGCCAACAAAAUACUUGACGGCCGAGGUCAAAGAUGAGGAAGAAGCUGGUGUGGAAUGAAGCCGUGGUUUUUCAGAAUGUUUCAUUACUGUUUUUAUAGUGCAAUGUAGCAGAACCUUUGCUGUCAAAAGACUGUUCUCUAUGAACAAGCAAGGUAGGGGUGACCUUUCUAAAUCAGAGCCCCUUUAAUGACAGAAUACCUCAUCAAUGAAAUGUAAAAAGGAUAUUCACAAUGCUUCCUGAAUGUGAACAGCCUAACACUACUCAUUAUUGCUUUCAGUACUUUCAAUAUUGUCUGAUAAAUAUUGAAAUUUGUCAAACUCAUCAUUGAAAUGUAUCUUGACUGAAACUCUAAUAAGUUAUAAUAAAUAUAUAAUAAAGAGUUGUAGAAAAGAUUGAUUCUGUGCUAUAAGAAUGUAAUUACUGAUAUACAUUGUGUGUGUGUGUGUGUGUAUACAACUUGUCAAACUUGUUUCUCUCUCCCGUAGAAUUCUGGGAUGACAUGCACUGAAAGCUUAUACAGUAUGCCACUUGUACGAUAUUUCAGGAGUGUUUCCUUUGAAAGUGAUUCAGCUACUUGACAUUGGUGUUUAAAACCCAGCUCAUCACCAUGACGCAUAUUGUAUGAUUCGAGAUGUACAUGUAACAGCAGGACCGCACUUGUAAGAGAGCAUAGCCUGUGUUGUACGUGGGUGUGACAGAAAGGUGACCUAGCAGUUAAGCAAGUUAAUGCACGCUUUACAUUGCUGACUUUUUACAGUCAAGGCUCAUGUAGUCACA